UCUCAUCUGAUACACAUGGACAUCACCUCUCAGGAUAAAACUGGAUUACACCCAUGUCCACUGAGGCCAGGAGCUUAAUCUUAAACUUUUUACACUAUUUACUGUGAGAAAAGGGCGACAAUUUAGAGCAGCAGUUUGGGAACAAUGUCAACAGUUGUUUCUAACAAUAAAGAAGAGACAGGAGUGAGAAGAAUGCUGUCAGACGCUUCUUCAGCUUCUACCACUGCCACUUAUAACAGCCUGAGGAGUGAGAGACUCUCACGGUUAAACUCAGAAAGAUCCACUAAUGCAUCCAAUGCAUCCAGUGACCCAGCUGUGAACCACGCCGAGUCGUACUUCUUAAAAAGAGAGCACAGACUGUCAGCACGGAGGAAAGCAGAGGAAGAGGCCGCCAUAAACGACUACAAAAAGAUGUAUGAGAAAGCAUUGGCCACCAAUCAGAGGCUCAAAUCCAGACUGGAGACGAGUAAACAGGAACUAACUGUGAUCCAGGACCAGCUGCAAAGAGCACAGAAAGGGCGACCAGGAGCUUGUGGAUCCAACAUGCUAGAGACUGAGAAGAAGGAAAGUUGGGCACUGAAAAAGAGAAUAUCCGAUAUAGAGGAACAAUUAAAGGUGAAAGCAGACCUCAAGGUGGAGAACCAGAGACUGAAGGAUGAGAAUGGGGCCCUCAUCAGAGUCAUCACCAAGCUGUCCAAAUGAGACCAACUGCAAAACGCUAUGCUAUUUAUUGUGUAUAUAGUUAAGUACCGUAUUGAAACACCAAAUGUGUAUUAGACCCACUUAGAUUAAUGGCCUGCAUACAAUAGACGUUGUCACAUAUUUUUUAUUUAUUUUUUAAUUCAAAUCAACUUGAAUAAAACACUGUCACU